CAGCGGCCGCGUCGCGCGCCACCCGCCUGUACUCGCGCUCCGCGGCAUGACCUCGUGAUGGAAGGCAAAGACUACGGUGCGCCCGGCCUGCCGGCUCUCGAUUACUUCAUGAUGCCGCGCGCCAACCCCGCGCCCCAGUUCGACUUCAGAAAACUCGGCGCCAGCUUCAGUGGCCGCGACGACGACAGAACCGACGACCGCCGAUCCCCCGACUACGAGCGCCGCGACCACCCGCCCGCGCCCUGGCCGCUCGGACUCGGAGUCCAGUUCGUCAACCCUGCCACCGGCAAGAAGAGAGUGCAAUGCAACGUGUGUUUGAAGACUUUUUGUGACAAAGGCGCGCUCAAAAUUCACUUUUCGGCGGUUCAUCUGCGGGAGAUGCACAAGUGUACGGUGGAGGGAUGCACGAUGAUGUUCAGUUCGAGACGAUCGAGGAAUCGGCACAGUGCGAACCCGAACCCGAAACUGCACUCGCCCCACGUACGGCGCAAGAUCUCUGCGCACGACGGGCGGUCGGCGCAGCCGUUCCCGCUGCUGCCGGCGCUGGCGCGGCUGCCGCUGCCGCCGCCCGCGCUGCUGCCGCCCGAGCUGGCCGUGCGCCUGCCGCCGCCCCUCGCUGCACCACCUGCCCCCCUACCGCCACGAGUGCCCCUUGAUGAUCUCCGCAAUUUCAGUGAAAUAGAAAAAAUGUACAGAAAAAUCACCCCGCCCGAUGAGCCGAACCGCGGCGCUCUCGAUCUCGUUAAUAAGCCUUCGGUUGUGCACGACGACUCGUCCAAUAACUACAGUGAGCUUAAUGAUAAUAAUGAGGACCUUUCCGAUGACGAUGAUAAAGUAAAGUGUGAAGAUCGAGACAGUCCGACCGUCGAGAGACUGAAAUAUGACGACGAGCCGGAGGACUUGAGUGUGAAUAAAAAGAAACAUGUCGAUACCGAACCGAGUGAGACGCCGUUCGCACGCAGCGGCCGCGUCGAUCCCACCGCCCCCGAGGAUAAGAUGUCUUCGAUGGUUCCAAAUAAACGUAAGCGAAAAAGCGGCAAUCCCACCCGGUGUUCUCAGACCAAUGAAUAUAACGUGUCCGAUGAGGAAUAUAAUUCAGAUUUAUUUAGAAACCUAUCGACACCUGGUUCGAGUCGCGCGGACGACGAACCUUUAUCAUUAAAAAAACAAAAGCCGGAAAAAUGGGAGCCCUUUCAGAACGGUGAGGAAGCGACUGUGGACUCGGAAACGGUGACGCGAGUGAAGGCUGAGAGUGAAUCGGACGAUGAAUCUAGUGCACCGAGCGUAGUUCGCGAGGGCCUCCGACUGCGGUCCGACCUGUACACGCCAAGUGACAGCGGGAGUGAUCUGCACACAAUGGAGGAUCGUCUCGCUAGACCGCGAUCACCGUCUGCGAGCAGCGACAGGACCGACGACCGAACGGACCUCAACGAUCUCGAGAUACCCAUCGACGACGAGAACCCCGACCGAUGUACCGCCUGCGGGAAAGUAUUUCAGAACCACUUCACGCUCCGCAUGCAUUACAGAAACGAUCACUUAAAGCUGUUACAUCCGUGCGACGUGAACGGCUGCGAUGCCGCAUUCCCUUCUCGGCGGAGUAGAGACAGACAUAGCUCAAAUGUAGAUUUACACAGACGACUGCUAUCUACGAGCUCACCAGAUGGCCGGGAACAGAGACCACCGGUCGAAGUGAACACAGAGCUGCUAAAUAAAUUAUACGCAGACAUCAAAGGGCUCGCAUCGACACUUGAGAGCUUGCGAUACGGCGGCGAAGAGGCUUCCCAGCUCCCCGGUUACGUUACGGAGACGAUGAAGUUUUAUAGUAGAAACCUGAGUGCGUUGCAAGCGGGAUUGUUCCCUCAGUUCGGGGAGCGGGGGUUUUUUCCGGCUCCUUUUCUGAUGGGUAACGGAGUGCCGGUAGCAGGUGGUGGGCUGUACGGGGCGCCGGCGGGCGCGCAAUCGGCGCGGGAGUCGCUAUCGCCGCUGUCGGCGUCGUCGCCGCCCGUCAUCUCGCCGGGGCGGCUGGACGCGGCGCACGCGCGCCCCCGUGACGACGGCAAGCUGCUUUUUCGUGAGAGCUCGGAGUCCCUGAAGAAGAUGACGUCACUGUGCGAGCGCCAGGAGCAGAUCUAUCAGCACCAUGUGCCGGUGUCAUGACGCCCCCCGCGCCUCGCCCCGCGCUCCGCGUGGUGAUUCCUCCCUCGCUAAAACUCCAGCGGCACUCUUGUAUAUAUUUUAAUUGUUAAUAAUUUUAAUUGUGUUAAUUCUAUUUCGUAUUUCGUUUUGUAUUUCUUGUGAUAUUUAGACAAAUAUAUCGUAAUUAUCGAUCCCACGAACUGUAAGUUAAUAGGGAUAGUACCGCUUGGGUAUUGAGUUGGCGUUGUGAAGCGAAGUGCAAUACGGACUCGAAUAUUAUAAAUAUUAAUGGACUCGGUGGAGUACGAUAUGAUAUCGUGUAGAGUAAUCGUAAUCGAUGUUGAAAGUAAACGUUAUAAUGAUCAGCUUCAUUUAUUGUUCUGGCGCAAUAAACUCAUUGAGGAAAAGUCACAA